AUGGUGACCAAUAUCGAGUUUGUUCCAGAGGUGAAGCCAGAUAGAGAGCUGAAGGUGAAGGAUAUUCUCCGAUUUGUUAAUCCGCCAGACAGGUUCCAUAGCCCGUCACUUUUUUGUCUAAAGUUGCUGGCCGAAUACGGCCCUUUACGGGAUGGACAAAUCUGGGGCGGGGCAAAGAUGCACAGGGCCAUAACUGUACAUGAAAUGAAGCUGAUCCUAGAGCACUACAAGGCACAAACAGACAAGAUAAUAUUUCAGCUGAGAAAGGAGGGGUGUAAGGGCGAGUUCAUUCAUCCCAUGAAUCACCAGCUUAUACCGAUGCUGGAGAAGUACCUUCGGUGCUUAGCGAAGGCCCGACUGGACUAUCGGGACGGACCGUUCACCGCAGAGACAACGAUCGAUUUCACUGACCUGUCAAAUGCGAUAGAGCAGUUCUAUCCUCAGCUGGUAAAGAUGUGCAUGCGCACCAAAGAUAAGCGAAUCUCCCCGUAA